AUGGCUACCAGGGACGGGCCGAGCGUCCCGCGCAAAAAGUCAACAACUUACGGCAAGACAUCGCGAAAACGACCUAUUCACGCGUUUCUCGACCUGUCAAAUGCUUCGCGACGCGCCGGCAGUGCCACGCAACCAACCGAGGCCUCAUCAGCGCCUGCCGACCAGCUCUACGAUCUUUACGACCCACCAUCCGAUGACCCUUUGCGCCUUGCACUUUCUCGGCAAGUUGCGCCACCUGUUGACGCGCCCGUAAUCCAGUCUGAUGGGUUGAAUAAAACGAAGAAGAGGAAGAUGGCUGUUGCGCCUAUGGCUAAAGCUGAUCGCAAGGUCGAUGUCAAAACACCUGUCAUCGCUCCGCCAGCGGGGUUGCCCUCUCAUACCCGCCGAGGGAAAUCGCCCUUCAACACAAGCGCAUCUAGUUCUUUAUGCGCCGCCAAACAGGAUCCUUUACCGCGAGGGGUCGAUAGACCCAAGAUACCGACGCAAGCCGAACCACGCAGGAGCGCUCAUCGUGCUCAACCCGAGGUUGAGGUUCCUCGCAUGACCGGGCCCAACUUGCAGACACGACAGGCAUUCUCACAACCUUCGGAAGCGCUGGUGGUCGGAAAGCCAAGCUCCACGAUUACAAGACCACAAGCGACGAAGCCGAAAAUGCCAUCCAAGCCGAAGCGCAUCCGUCUCAUCGAUCAGUUAGCGGCGCAAACAGAAGACAGCUCCGACUCGGACUCCGAAAUAUCAGAUUCCUCGCAGCACUCUAGGACGAAAGCGGCCGAUGCUUCUCCUUCCACCCCGAUAAAGCCUAUUGACAUGACACCGAAACCAUCGAUGCGGCCCAAGGUGCUCUCAAGCACUAGGAAGCUGAGAUCGACGUACGGAGAGCAGAGGACGCUGAAGACAGAUGAGUCGGGGGGAGACAGCCUAGGCAGCCAGAUGGGAGUUGAAAGCACCCAGCAUGAUCUGAGCCCGCCCCCAACAAUGUCGAAGCUUGCGUCCUUUACAUUCGAAGAAGAAGAGAUCGAGGAAGACGACUCUGCUAGGGGUGGUGGCAUCAUUGAUAUCCAUGCGCUCAGGCAAGCUGGUGCCAAUCACCGUUUUGCAGACAGCAUGGCCGAUUUGCUUGACAGAGUCGGCACGCCCCAGCCGCCCAGAUCACAGACAGCGCGCUCGAGGCGCAACGCCCUACUGGAGCUGGCGAGUAAGCUGCGGGACAAGACUUUUGUCCGUCAAUUUCGCGACCAGGGUGCGAAGGACGCCUUGUUUCACGCUCUCGGACAGGAAGAGGACUUUGUCAGCGGCUUCGUCCUCCUGUCUGUUGUUCUGGUUCUAUUCACAUCAUAUUCGGUCCCUCAUCUCGUCCCUCAGCUACAGAGCGAAGGUAUUGCGCAACUGGCAUCGAGAAUGUUCAACAUGGACGAAGACAUGGUCAGCAUUGCAGCGCAAAGGAAAUCUAACUUAUCUAGGAACGCACAAUCAUCACUUACUGCUUUGAAAUCUACGAUACAGCACCUGGAUUUAUGGAGGGGCUCUCCGCCCGCCGUGCUGUCGCCAAGAACGGUUGCUUUGAAAGCCAUAUCCGUACUCUGCAAGGAUGGUGACAGUACAGCGACACGACACAUCCUCUCUAGCUUGACAGAUCAGCUAUUUGGCUUCGCCGAGACAGGCUGGCAAAAUUGUAGAACUCAUGGGAUGGAGGGAACAGACGGCGGCCUAGCGCUUUCGCUCCUCGAAGGCUACUCGAUUGCAGCUAUGGAAUCCGACGCCGGCCCUCGAUGGACAAAGCGAUAUCUUCCCAUCCUCGCAGAUGUUCUGACGACAGCCAUGGCUCGACCUCUGCAAGAAUUCGGCGAUUUCGAGUCGACAGCAUUGAAGUUGGCACUGAACACAACAAAUAACAACCCUGUUGCUGCAAGCGCCUUCAGUAGAGGAGAUCUUUUCCGCGAGCUAGCAGAGGCCAGCGUUGCGGGGUUUGAGCUCCUGGAGCAGUCUAUCCGCAAAGGGGCCUUUUCAAAGGAUGUCUACGAAACGCUCAUGCUGCUACUAGGCGUCAUGAUCAAUACCUCCGAGCACUCUCCGUCAGCCCGGCAGUCGGUGGAUGCGUGGCAGGGGCAGGACGGCACAACCUUGGACAGGCUGAUAGAAGUCUACCUUGAGCAUCGCGAUUCGGCUGGAACAGCUGAUUCAGUCGAGAAGACCUCGGUUGCCGUAGCCCACGGUUACUUGGCGAUACUAUUAGGCUACUUGUCGUUGGGUAGCCAAGUACGCCGGCGGCUGGAGGAAAAGAGUCACGGAAGAGGCACCAAGUACUUGCUCGAUUCCAUUCAGGAGUUUAUGGCUUUGCACCAAAAGUUGGACACGGAUGAGUUGACGACGAGCUUGCAAAACCUCGUUAACGAGCUGAGGCAGAGGCAUAAAGCCUCUAGUCGGUAG